AUGGCCGUUAGCGACGAGCUCUUGCGCCGAGGAGCUAAGGAACUGCUCAGUGACCAAUGGCAAGUUCUGAGGAAUGAUGCUAGCGUAGACAUCUCCUUCAAGAGGCUUGAUGGGCCUUGCUUGCUACGCCUUCCCUACAAUGUCCCGAUGCCGGGCAACGUAGACCUCUCCACUCUCGCCGACAUGCCUCGCCCAGAGAUCUUCUGCAACAGGAAAGAGCUGCGUGCCAUGGGUGUGCAAUUGGAGGCCUUCGACAUCCAGCAGGUGGACAAGGUCUUCUCACCUGGAGAUUGCUUUGUAUCCAGCCGGCAUGACAGCGAGUGCAAUGACCUGUUUGCUGAAAUGAAGCAAGUUGGUGCCCUUGUGGGUGCCCUCGCAGCCCCAGAGCCAGAUUCGGCACCCAAGCCCGAGCUCACGGAACGCCUCCUCACCUGGCGCAACUUCCCCGUGGAGUCGGCCCUCACGAUCAUCGCGGUUCCUUUCGAUGAAGAGGCCCAGAUGUUCCGGUAUCAGUACAGACAGCACUUCACUUGCAUAUGUGUCCUGAUACCUUCGAGAGCCUUAGAAGCCGCGGACGCCCAACAAGAAGAUGGCAAGAACGAGCUCCAGGUGCUGAUUGGCUUGUUCACGGAAGACGUGGCUUCUUGGGCUACUGAUGCCAUCCAGGUCCUGCACGGCGCUAUGUCGCAGUUGGUUCAGCGUGAGAUGUACCUCUUGGUCGCUACGUGCUUGACGACGCCGUCACUGAAGGAGGCCGAUCGGAAGUUUUACCGCUUGCUUUCUCUGCGCACGUGCCAAGGCGGGUGGCCGCUUUUGCCAGGCGAAGUAAUCAUGGGGGAGAAUGUGGAGCUCCAGGAUUCCGAAGUGCUGGAGCCUUUGUUCAAAACCUGGGCUCGUCCACUUCAGUCAACGAACUUUUCCUUUGCGGACUACCUGCACAGCUUCAUGAAGAGAAUUGGUGCAGAGAUCAGGGUCUUCGAUAGCAUGGAUGGUCGGCCCUUGGUCUUCUACCAAGCUGUGGUGCGGACUUCGCAGUGGGAGCUUGUGGCUCCUCGCUUUCAAGAAGCUUGGGACUACCAGAGAUUGGCCUACAGCCGGAUCGUUGCAACGAAGCGGCAUGCGCCGAGCAUCUCAGACCACCGCAAUGCACGCUUCGUGGAAGUGGACGUUGGGCCCAUCAUCCAUGAGGAGUCGCCCGUUCAGGUGCGGAACACGUUCUUGCACUUUGCAGAGCCUCAAGACUUCACUCCGAAGCGACGGCUGAGUCAUUGA